UUGAGCGUAACUCCUCAUUUCACUGAACCUAAAGAAACCGCAAACUCAAUAAUCUUUUUCCUUCUAUUCUCUAUUUUUGUUGAGAUUAAUUCGAUCAUAAUCUAUAAUAAAAUUCAAAUUGGCGGCCGAAAUCAUACCCUUCUUCCCAUUAUUGGGGAUUUCGCUUCCCUCCAUGUUUUCUUACUCUCUUCACGGUGGACUAAACCUGUUUUCGCUCCAGCUCCCAGCUAAGCAGACCAAUAUAACUUAGACCGUCACAACUCUACUUUCUUGCAUCCUCUUCAUUAUGGCAUCGGAUGGAACUGAAUCGAAGGAUAAAUCAGCCAGUAAUAAACUUUUGGAUAAUUUGAAGUACAAUGUUGAAGUGGCCGAAAAAGUUGCUAAUGACGCUCAGCGCUUGCCAAUAUUGGAGGCGACACCAUUAUAUGAGCAACUGCUGACGGUGUAUCCCACUGCUGCUAAAUAUUGGAAGCAAUACGUGGAGGCACACAUGGUUAUAAAUAAUGACGAUGCUACAAAACAGAUAUUUAGCCGGUGUUUAUUGAACUGUCUUCACAUUCCUCUUUGGCGUUGCUACAUCCGAUUCAUCAAGAAGGUCAAUGAAAGGAAAGGGAUGGAAGGCCAGGAGGAAACUAGAAAAGCUUUUGAUUUUAUGCUCAGCUAUCUUGGUGUUGACAUAGCAUCUGGCCCUGUAUGGAUGGAAUACAUUGCCUUUUUAAAGUCACUGCCGGCUCUAAGCUCACAGGAGGAGUCGCAACGUAUGACUGCAGUGAGGAAGGUCUACCAGAAAGCUAUUAUUACUCCUACCCAUCACAUUGAGCAACUGUGGAGGGAUUAUGAAAAUUUUGAGAAUUCUGUCAGCCGUCAACUGGCGAAGGGACUAAUAUCUGAAUAUCAACCAAAAUUUAACAGUGCUCGGGCUGUCUAUAGGGAGAGGAAGAAGUAUGUUGAUGAGAUUGAUUGUAACAUACUUGCUGUACCACCAACUGGCUCUCCAAAGGAAGAGCUGCAAUGGAUGUCAUGGAAGAGGCUAAUAGCGUUCGAGAAAGGAAAUCCCCAGAGGAUAGACAGCGCAUCAUCCAACAAACGGAUUAUAUUCACAUAUGAGCAGUGUCUUAUGUACCUGUAUCAUUAUCCUGAUGUAUGGUACGAUUAUGCUACGUGGCAUGCAAAUAAUGGAUCAAUAGAAGCUGCAAUUAAAGUAUUUCAGCGAGCUUUGAAUGCUCUCCCUGACUCAGAUAUGCUAAAAUAUGCUUACGCAGAGCUAGAGGAAUCUCGCGGAACACUUCAGUCUGCAAAGAAGAUAUAUGAAAGCCUUUUGAGUGAUGGUAUUAAUGCGACUGCCCUGGCACAUAUUCAAUUUAUCCGUUUUCUUAGGAGAAACGAAGGAGUUGAGGCUGCUCGCAAACACUUCUUGGAUGCUCGCAAAUCCCCAAAUUGCACGUAUCAUGUUUAUGUUGCUUAUGCCAUGAUGGCCUUUUGUCUUGACAAGGAUCCCAAGAUGGCACACAAUGUUUUUGAAGAUGGAAUGAAGCGGUUUAUGAAUGAGCCCACAUACAUUCUUGAAUAUGCAGAUUUCCUUGCUCGCUUGAAUGAUGACAGAAACAUUCGGGCUUUAUUUGAGCGUGCUUUAAGCACGUUGCCGCUAGAGGAAUCAACUGAGGUUUGGAAACAGUUCACCCAUUUUGAGCAAACUUAUGGAGACCUUGCUAGCAUGCUGAAGGUUGAAAAAAGAAGAAAGGAGGCUCUUUCUCAAAUGGGUGAUGAUGGAGCAUCAACAUUGGAAGGUACAUUACAAGAUGUUGUAUCCCGGUAUAGUUUUAUGGAUCUCUGGCCAUGCUCAUCUAGUGAUCUGGAUAAUUUGUCCAGACAAGAGUGGCUCGCUAAGAACAUAAAUAAGAACUCAGAAAAAUCUGUUCUGCCUAGUGGACCUGGUUUUUUAGAUACUGGUUCUGCAGGUCUCCAUUCAAUUCCAUCUACAAAGGUCGUAUAUCCAGACACCUCUCAGAUGGUGAUUUAUGACCCAAGCCAAAAAUUAGCUGCUGGACUUCCUGCUAAUCCAACCACCUUGCCAAAUUCUGUUUCUGUUGUGAGUGGAGGACCAACUAAUGUAUUUGACGAAAUAUUAAAAGCAACACCAGCUGCAUUAAUAGCAUUUCUUGCAAACUUACCCGCUGUUGAUGGUCCGACCCCAGACGUCGAUGUUGUACUAUCGGUUUGUCUCGAGAGUGACAUACCUACAAUUCCAUCCAUCAAAUCAGGGGCAACACCAGCACAAGUUUCGGCUGGUCCUGUUGCUACCACUACCACUAGUGACCUUUCUGGUUCAAGCAAGUCUCACGCAUUUUCAAAUUCCUCUCUAAAGCAUACCAGAGAUAGACAAUCAGGGAAGAGAAAAGAUUACGACAGACAAGAUGAUGAUGAAAGUACAACAGUCCAAAGUCAGCCAUUGCCUAGGGAUUUCUUCAGAAUACGUCAAAUUCAGAAAGCUCGAGGAGCUACUUCUUCCCAAACAGGUUCUGCUUCCUAUGGAAGUGCUAUUUCUGGUGAUCUGUCUGGUAGCACUGGUUGAAUUCAAUCCCAUUUUUCUUUUUCAAAAUUUUUAUUUAGUCUAUUAUUUCCCAUUUUAGUUCAUCAUAAAUACUCUCUAGUCUCUGUCAUCCCAUAAAAUUUUCCUUUUGAAAGAAAGUUAGAACAAGCAUCAUCUCGCGUCCUACAUUCAUAACUUCUUUUAUUUUUCGUAACGAAGUCCUGUUUGAAUAAUAACGAGUGUACAUUGAGAGAGACGCUCGUUAGUUAAAUUGGAUUAAGUGAUGUUUUAAAUCUAAUCUCAUUGUUUGAGUUGUAAA